UAUUUACCGGGGAAAAGAAUGGAGACAGGGGUUCUGUAAAACCCUAAGCAAGACAGAGUUCACAUCAGAAGCUGAAAAAUGGCGAUGAGAAGGUCAAUAAGUCGUGCUAUUUCAUCUUCCCGUCAAUUCUCUCUCCUAUUUCGAAGUUCAUCUCUACACUCCCAACAACACAAUGAUCUUUCUCAUCUCCUUUCCCCCCAUUUUAAUCUUCUCAAUUCCACUCCUAAUUCUAUACCCAUCACUUUUCCCUUCCAACACGCCAGAGGCUUCGCCAAGAAACGCAACACCCAGACUUAUGAUGAUGAUAGUGAUGAUGAAGAUGGGGAUGCUUUUGGAGCUGUGGAUAUUGGGGCUUCGGUGAAGCCUGCUGCUCUAUCACAGAUGGAUGCAGCACUAGAUGCAUUAUCUCGUGAACUUACCAAAUUGCGAACAGGAAGGGCAUCUGUAGGAAUGCUGGAUCACAUUAUUGUGCUUGCCAACGGAAUGAAGAUUCCCCUAAAUGGGAUGGCUGCUGUUUCAGUUUUGGAUUCCAAAACACUGUCUAUAACUCCAUAUGAUCCCGCUACAAUAAAGGAAUUGGAGAAAGCUAUUGUCACUUCACCAUUGGGUUUAAAUCCAAAGGUAGAUGGACAACGAUUGAUUGCAGCUAUACCUCCGCUGACUAAGGAGCAUAUGCAGGCUGUUUGUAAAUUGGUAACAAAAUCUUCUGAAGAUGCCAAGCAAAGCAUAAGAAGAGCAAGACAAAAGGCUCUGGACACCAUAAAAAAAUCUGCGCCAAAGAAAAAGGGAAAAGAGAAAACGGGUUCAUCUAUUUCAGCAGAUGAUGCAAAAAAGCUGGAGAAAGAGGUUGAGGAAAUGACUAAAAAGUAUAUUAAGUCAGCUGAUGAUAUGUCCAAAGCAAAGGAAAAGGAGAUCACUGAAAGCUGAGGAGCAGCAUUCAUUAAAAAUCCUGAAUUUGUGUGCAAUAUUGUUCACGUCUUCCCUUCUCCUGAUCUUCUUCUUGGGGGGAGAGUGGUGAACUAAUGAGGUUAUUUUCAAUGUUUGAGUUGCAUGUUCAUAAUUACUUUUACCAGAAAAUUUGUCUAGAUUUAACAGAAUGAUAGGUAUUAAUUAUUACAUUUAAAAUGCCUUCUUCAUGGAACAUUAUUUUUUGGAGCUAGGGCAUUUAUUUAGAACCUUAAAAUGAUUUGAAUAAUGCCCUGAAAACACAAUUUGUUUAUUAAUAUGGUGGUAUUAAAUUUAUAAAUUAUUAAAUGUAUUUGGUGCCA